AUGAAACUAAAAUUUUUAUUUGUAACAGAACCUAAUGUAAUUAAAUGUUCUACACAUGAAUAUCUCAUUUUUACUAAUUGGCAUAGUGUUUCUAAAUGGAAUAUAUCAUGUCCAAAUCAGACUGAAUUAUUUGAAACUAAUCCUCCUCAUUUAAUCGAAGAAACUCAGGUUUAUGUUGCUUGUUUUGAGAGUGAUAUGAUAUUAAAUCCUUAUCUUAUGUUGAAUUAUACAAAGAUGAAAAAAGGAAUGAUAAAAAAUCCAUGUGAAUCAAGCAUACUUUCAUCACAUUCAUUACCUGAUUUGACUGGCAUAGUUAAUAAUACUUAUCAUCAAUAUUCAUUCAAAGCUAAAUGUGUUGAUUCUCAAAUAUUUAUUAAUCUAAGUUCAAUAAGUUUUUCAUCUACAUCUAAUGAAAUACAUACUAUGUAUACAAAAUUUAACACUCAACCAGUGAUUUGUCGAUUUAUGUUCAAUCAAAGUGAACUUGUAAGAAAUAAAACAUGUAUGGUGAAUGCUACAUUGACAGUGAGAAAGUUAUGUUAUUAUGAUCCUCAGUUAAAAACAAUAUCAAAAGAAGUUGAUUGGAAUCUAUUAGACAAUUUUUUCACAAAUCCAUCUUAUGCUCCAUCUCAUUGGCAAACAAAAAAUGGAUACUAUUAUAAUGAUAAAUUAUUAACAACCACUAUCACUAUAUCGGUAAGUACUGAUAAGACAACGACAUUCUCAACAGUCAGUACUACAAUAUCAACAACUACUGUUACGAAAACCGAUACCACCAAAAGUACAACUUCAUUCACCACUAGCGAAACAACAACAUUCUUAACAGUUAGUACUACAAUAUCAGCAACUACUAUGACAGAAGUUGAUACCACCGAAGAUACAACUUCAUUUACCACUACAGAAACAACAACAUUCUCAAUGGUUAGUACUACAAUAUCAACAACUACUAUGACAAAGAUCAGUACCACUCCGGAUACAACUUCAUUCCGUAGUAGUGAUAUAACAACAUUGUUUACGAUUAGUACUGCAUCAUCACCUAAUACUUUUACAGAAUUCGAUACCACAGUUUUAUCAACUAGUAGUCAUAGUCCAACACUAACCACAACUAUUAUUAGUGACAUUCUUACAUCAUCAAUCGAAAGUAGUACAUCAAUUAUAACUACAUCUAUACAAAGUAGCGAAAUUCCUUCGUCAAUUAUUACAACUACAACUGCUGAUCAUAUUUCGGAUACUAUCUUCGAAACAAUGUCGACAACACUUUUUGAUACAGGUACAACAUCUUAUAUAAAUGUAAACAAUAAUACAACAUCGAAAAAAAGCUCAAAAAGCUCUAAAACAUCGAAAACUAGUACAUCGACAACAUCUAUGAUACCUUUAAAUACUCUUUCUCCAACUAAAGAAUCAUCAUCUUAUAUUAAAUAUAUUAUAUUUCUACUUUCUAUAAUUGGCAUUAUUUUAUUGAUCUCGUGUCUUGUUUAUCUUUAUCAACACCAUCGAAAUAGGAGUAGUGAAUCAUUGUUAGAUCGCAAUGAUAGUGAUGAAUCGUAUGAUCCAAGCACAACGGAAUCUGAACUGGAUCCAUCGAAUGAAUCUGUUGAAGAAUCGACAGCUGCACAUACUAUAUCAGAAUUACCAAUACUCUUACCACAGCUACAACAAUCAAAAUCAUCUAGUAAACAGACUACUGGACGUAUUUUUAGUAAACUAGAUCCAGAUAAUCUUUAA